CUCAAUGGCGGCCUCCGCCACUGGCUGCGCCAGGGCCUCCCGCUGAGCUCAGGCAAAAGCCACCCGGCGCCGGCUGUGUUCUGCGCCGUGCUAGACCCCGCGUUCAUCAAGACGUACGACGACAUCAGGGAGAACCUGGAAUCCCGGCGCUUCCAGGUGGUGGACGCCCGUGCCGCCGGCAGGUUCCGGGGCACCGAGCCCGAGCCCCGAGAUGGAAUUGAGCCCGGACACAUCCCCGGCACUGUGAACAUCCCCUUCACAGAAUUCCUGACUGAGGAGGGCCUGGAGAAGAGCCCCGAGGAGAUCCACCAGCUGUUCAAGGACAAGAAGGUAGACCUGUCACAGCCACUGGUGGCCACGUGUGGCUCUGGUGUCACAGCCUGCCAUGUGGCACUGGGGGCCUACCUCUGCGGCAAGCCCGACGUGCCCAUUUACGACGGCUCCUGGGUGGAAUGGUACAUGCGUGCCCGGCCCGAGGAAGUCAUCUCUGAGGGCCGGGGGAAGACCCACUGAGGCUGGACAGGGCACAGGAAGCUCAGCUGAUGCCCAUCCACCAGCUGUGCCCAGCCUGGUGGUUCUGACUCUGCUUUGACCAGGAGGGUGU